AUGAGGUGUGCUAUGCUUCGAGUCAGAAAGAGGUAUUUGAUUUUGCUUCUAUGUGUUGCAAUCUUAACUGCUAUUUUCAUUGUCUUACUACCAUCUUCGAAGCCAGCUAACAAAGCCCUCCGUUUGAAAACCUCUCAUGAUGACAAAAACUUUGUCAGCAAUGUUAGAAAUGAUAAUGCUUUACAAAUUGAAUGGCAGUACUUCGAAGAAAAAAAAUAUGUUAGUGAAACUAUACUUGCACCUGGCGAAAACUACUAUUCUCGCAAUAAAUUUAACCAAGCUGCUAGUGACAAACUUCCUAGUAAUCGAGAUAUACCUGACACAAGACAUGACAAAUGCUCAUCCAAAACUAAGCGUAAAGAUCUUCCUUCUACUAGUGUUAUUAUUACUUUUCAUAAUGAAGCUCGUUCAACUUUAUUGCGCACUAUUGUUAGUGUUUUAAACAGAAGUCCAGAACAUUUAAUAAAAGAAAUUAUAUUAGUUGAUGACUUUAGCGAUGAUCCUAAUUAUGGACUUUUGCUUGCCAGCAUUCAGAAAGUUAUUCUUCUGAGAAAUGAUAAACGAGAGGGAUUAAUCAGGUCACGGAUUAAAGGUGCUGAAGCUGCGAAGGGAACCAUAUUAACUUUCCUAGAUAGUCACUGUGAAUGUAAUGUGCACUGGUUGGAACCUCUGCUAGAACGAAUAGUAGAAGAUCCAACUAGAGUUGUAUGUCCUGUUAUUGAUGUUAUUAAUAUGGAUGAUUUUAAGUACUAUGCUGCCUCAUCUGAUUUAAGAGGUGGUUUUGAGUGGAAUUUAGUAUUUAAAUGGGAAUUCCUUUCUCCUCAGGAAAGACAACAACGUUCAAUUGAUCCAACAACUGCAAUUAAAACUCCUAUGAUUGCUGGAGGCUUGUUUUCUAUAAAUAGUGAUUACUUUAAAAAAAUGGGAAAAUAUGAUGAAGAGAUGAAUAUUUGGGGUGGAGAAAAUUUAGAACUUUCUUUUCGAAUAUGGCAGUGUGGGGGAAGUUUAGAAAUUAUACCAUGCAGCAGAGUAGGUCAUGUUUUUCGUAAGCAACAUCCAUAUUCUUUUCCUGGUGGAAGUGGUAAUGUUUUUGCUCACAAUACAAAAAGAGUAGCAGAAGUUUGGAUGGAUAAUUAUAAGAAUUUUUAUUAUGCUGCUGUACCUGUUGCCAGAAAUGUUCCUGUAGGUGAUAUUAAAAACCGUAUAUCGUUACGAAAAGAACUUAACUGUAAACCUUUCAGUUGGUUUUUAAAAAAUGUUUAUCCCGAGCUUCAAGUUCCUAUGAAAGAUGUUUCUCCUAAAGGUACAAUUCGUCAGGGUCUUCUUUGUGUUGAUACUCUUGGCCAUGCCAUUGGUGAAAAUGUUGGUUUAUAUGCUUGUCAUGGAAGUGGGGGAAAUCAAGAAUGGACUUAUACACAAAAUCAUCAAAUUCAACAUGAUAAUUUAUGUUUAACUCUCAACAGACCAAAAGUGGGCAUGUCCGUGACUUUAAAAAAAUGUACUAAAGGAAGUAUUCAACAAAAGUGGAUAUUACUUAGUAACAACCAAACUGUAAAACAUAAAACAUACAAUUUAUGUUUAGAUAGUCGAAGCCAUCAAACUCAAGGACUUAUUGCUUUUUCAUGUGAUAAUCAUGCAAGUCAACAUUGGGUAAUUUUUGAACAGAACCUAUCAGUUCAAGAUUCUCUUAAUUAAAACAUCAUUUUGUCAUAAAUUUAUAAGAAAAUGUGAUAAAUUAGGCCACUUAU